UUCAAGAUGGCGCACGUAAACAAAGUUAAUUUGUUUACAAUUUUUCCCCCAUAAUUUUCCCCUCCUGUCCUAGGACACUUCACGGAGCACUCCUUUGUCAUUUUUUGGCCAGUUUUACAGAUGCCCAGUUGAGUGUUGAAGCACUGACAAGCAAGGAGGAUGUUUUCUGCCAGUGACACAUCCUCAUCUCCUGCUCGUCCUGGAGCCAGCUAUGGGCACCGGAAGCUGCAGUCCUACUCAGUCUUGUCCCACUCUGGUAGCUCCGAAGACAUCCUAAGUGCCAGACAGCAAGCUGACCUGAACAACAAGCACAUUUUCAAAAAAAUUGGGGAGUGGUUCGAAACUUGGAGACCAUGGCAACAAAGAAUGCUUGUGUGCGGUCUGACCAACAGAUGCCCCAAGAAUCAACUCGAGGCUCUGGCAACAGUAAUGGAACCAGUCUUCCACAGGGACUUUGUUGCAGCAUUGAAGAAGAGAUACCCGUCUGCUCCAUUCAGAAAGAUGAAGGAAAUGGCACUGCUACGGGAGAAGUGGAGAAAUAAACGACUAAAGGAAAAAGAGAAGGAAAAUAUGAGAAAAUUGAUGGCACAGUUGCCUGAAAUUGCACAGGAAGACGAAGCAUUGUUGAAAGAACUUGUGGAGACUUGCACUGAUUUCAAACCUAAUGCCGGUGCAGACGCAAUACAGAAUGCUAGCAGUCGUGCCAUUUCCGACUUUGCUGUACAGUAUGCUGCUAGGGUUAUCAUCUCGUCUCUGAGAACAAUUCAUCCAUUGGGUGAUAGUGAGGAGCAACAGAUAGUGGUCAUGAUUGGAGACAAUGAUCUAGGGGCUCAUUCAUUAGGCUCAAGGCAAGGAUCACUUGUUGAUGAGGCUGAUGUAAAAUCAAUGCCUGGCAGUGAGAAUUCCUUUUCUUCUCGGCAUGGUUCCAAAGCAGGUAGUGCUGACCUACAAUCUGUGCAUUCAGACUCGGACCAAAACAGUAUUAAGUCUCAAACGUCUGUAAACUUUGAAGGAUUGGCUAAACAAUCUGUCAAAUCAAGUGAUAGUGGAAGAAGUGAAAAACAAAGAACUUCCCAGGAAUCAAGUCAUAGUGCAGAACAUGAAUAUUCUGUGGACAGUGAUUUUCCUAAAAGUGCUUCUUCUCACUUGAGCAGGUCAGUUGACACGUCCAGUUUUUCCAGAGCAACGACCGCCGAGGAUCCUUUAUCUUCUUCUUUGCCAAACUUUGAUGCUCAGAUGAAAAAGAAAUUGGAUGCAAUAAAGCCGCUUCGAGCAUUGCCUCCUCUUAAAACUCCUCCAUCGGCGACUCAUAGACACCGGAGUGCCAUCGGAGCAUCAUCGGCGACCUCUACAAUUGACUAUUUCAUGCAAGACACAGUUGAAAAACUUGGUUUCAUGCAGCGAGAGAUCCGUGUCGGUCCAGUGAACAGGCCGUCAAAUAUGAAAGACCUCUACAUCCCCAUCCAGAAGUGCUAUAAAAAUGUUAAAUGGUUUGGUGAGACACCUUGUCAAGGGAAGCGCUUUGUGAAAGCUCACAGGGGGCGCUUACGUAAACAAUUCAAAGUGCAGCUGCAGCAGAUAUGGGAUUGGAUGACUGGUUGGAAAGACCAUGAGAAGAUGGCUGUAUUGGUUGAAGUAGUCAAGAUGUGUGAUUCUGAUCUCAUUAACUACAUGGCCCAGUGUCUCAUGCAGAGACUAAAAGAUCGGACCGACAUCAACAGACUUCAUGACCAUGUGAUUCUAUAUAUCUUUUCUUUGCUACCACCUGAUGACAUAGAACGUGCGUCUGGGGUGUGUCGCCGUUGGAAGUACCUUUGUUCUCGAGAUGACCUGUGGAUGGUUAAAUGUCAAGAAAUGGGUUCAGAAGAAGGAGUUCCAAACAUCACGGAACUUGUGACCAGAUCUAACCAGGAUAACCACCUGGGUAUUGACUGGAGGUUAGCCUACUCCGAACUAAAGAAGAUCACACAGGAGACUAGAGAUGCUCUUCCUAAACCAGAUACGCUUAGUAUUGACAAUCAGACUCCUGAUGGUAUGGUGCGAGUUUGUGGGAAGUUUUUGCCGUUAGAGACCGAGGAGAGUGUGACAAGUUCUAGUAGGAUUUCUCGAAGACAGAGCACUUUUCAAAGAGUCAGAUUUAUUGACGUGUCUUCAGAAGCUGAAUUAAAGGUGCGGAGAGGCACCAUCUCUCGUUUGCGUCAAGAGUAUACCGUCAAUGAUGAUGAUGAUGUUGAUGAUGAUGAUGAGGAGGAUGAGGAAGAGUUUGAAAACUUGUCUGUUUCUGAUGAGUACUCAUUGUUCAGAUCUGAAAAAGAUCGUGGCUCAGCGACACAAGUCAAAGGCAAGAGAAGUGUGCGAUCCAUGGAGACAAAUGCUUUCAGCCUAGCACUGCGACAUAAAACCGAGAGAGCAUCGAGAGGGGCAACUGCCCUGACCACUGAUACGAAUUUGGAUGGUCUGGAUGGGAGUAUGCCACCCGGCACUGCUGCAAGCUCAAAAGAGAAGAAGAAGAAGAAAAGGAGAGAAGAAGAUGAAGAAGAAGAUGCCCUUGAUAUUCGUCCAGAAUUGAAACAAGCUAAAGAUAUUCUGGGACGAUCUGGUUCUAACCACGUUCUGAUGUGGAAAACUUCCAAAACCAGCAUGGAUCCCAAAGCAAAGUUUGCUUCUUUUGCUGGGGAGGUCAAGGGCAUCCAAAGGGUGCGAAAACUACAGGGUCAUUUGGAUGUUGUUCUCUGUAUUACGUUUGACAAGAAACGUCUGUUCAGUGGCAGCAUGGACCGGGCAAUCCGUAUCUGGGACAUCAGAAGUGGCCGCAGUAUCCGUAAACUCUAUGGUCAUAUGGGUGGUGUGCGAUGUCUGCGGGUGCGUGGGAACACCCUCGUGUCCAGCUCCUGGGACAUGACAGCUAUGGUGUGGGACCUUAUCAAGUUUGAGAGGUUGCAUACUCUACAUGGGCAUCGAGGAUCUGUGUCGUGUCUGGAGUUUGAUAACAUUCAUCUCGUGACUGGUUCUCAUGACAAAACAGUUCGCGUGUGGGACAUGGUCGGAUUGAGUGGGUGUAAGCGUAUUCUCCGCGGACAUAAGAUGGCUAUCACAUGCCUGGCAUUCGAUGGUAAACAUGUUGUCUCAGGAUCAUCGGACAAGACGAUUCGAAUGACUGACAUCAACACUGCUGAAUGUCUAAGGGUGUUUACAGGAUUAAAUGACCAUAUCACAUGUAUGGCUAUGAGCGGCGAGCUGAUCCUCAGUGCCAAUUCACAAGGUCAGGUGUACUUUUGGAGGAAGAGUACGGGUGACCUCGAGGCUGGCGUCGAGUGCCAUAAGAGUCCCAUCAACAGUAUUGUCUUCCAUCAGAACCGGUUCUUCACUGCCUCAAGUGAUGCCAUUGUAAAGGAGUGGGACCUUGCCACUAUGACGUGUGUACGCUUCCUCCAAGGUCACAAAGGUCCAAUCAGAGAUGUGGGGGCGUCUGAUCGUUAUAUCGUGACUUGCAGUGACGACGGAAACAUUAGGAUCUGGGACAUGUUGGCGGCUGUCACUGCUGAUGAGGAAUCCACUCCUACAGAGGAAUAGACAACAAGUCUAAUUGAUUGUAUCACAUGAACAAGUUAUAAUAUAUUUAUAUUAGAUGUACAAAAUCUGUGAUAUGCAAAUUAUUACAAAUCUGUCAGUCCAAAUGAUCAGAAAAUAAAGUGCCUUUACCUAAUUGUUCAUUCUAAACACUGUGCCUAGUUCUUUGCCUCGGACUUGUAUUGACAGUGCCAAAUUUAUGAUGGAUUUAUUACGUUGUCCAUUUGUUAAUGUGCCUUCUCUUUACUGGAAUUUGGGUAAAGAUGACUUUUAGAUCCGUCGGGUUCUCUUGCAAGUUGUUCAUUGUGGUAUUAUACUCUUGACGCAGAUUUAUGAAUCCAACUCUUUAGAAGGUUGUCUACAGGCAGGAUAUUGGGGUCCAUUGGUGAACUUUAGGCGAAUAAGGAAGACAGUUAGGAAACUGGGGCACGUUUAACUUGGUAAAGAAAAGUGUUCCUCAUACAAGCAUGAAAAGUGUUGAUCUACUGUGAGACUGAAAAGACUUUUAUUGGUGACUAUGAUAUCAACUGGCCCAUCUUGUUUCUGCCUGUACUCUCCCUUUAAGUGUUUUAUCUGGUGAGUAUUUGGUCAUACCAUACUGGCCUUAUUUAUUCAUCUUCGUUCACCGUACUCUCUCUGUACAUACUGUAAACACACAUAUAUUUGAAACCAUUUUAUUUUGCUUACUUUUAUUUUGGAACAUUCAUUCUUAAUAAUUUCAAUGGGGAUGACAGUUAAAGGCAGGGCUCAUGAAACCUCAGAAUCAGUUUAAUCUUAAGAUCAGUCAAUCUUUGAUUUAUGUCUCCUGUUUGUCCUAUAUCUGUCCAAGUUGUAAUCCGUCCAAUCAUAGUUUUAUUUGUAUUUUUCACAUACCUGCACCAUUGCCACAGAGAUUUUGAAGAUGUUCAAUUCCUUUUUGAAUAAAGCAUUGUUACUGCACUGUU